AUGGAUGUUUUGGGACUUCUUAAGAUUCGAGUUCAGAAAGGCAUCAAUCUUGCCGUUCGCGACACCCUCAGCAGCGAUCCGUAUUGCGUUAUCACUUGUGAGAAUCAGAGAGUGAGAACAAAGGUUGUGAAAAGGAAUUGCAACCCGGUAUGGAGCGAGGAACUUACGAUAUAUAUAAAGGAUCUUGAGGAUCCAAUUGUUUUGUCGGUCUAUGACAAGGAUACCUUCUCCGGGGAUGACAACAUGGGACACGCUAACAUAGACAUCAUCCCAUUAAUCGAAUGUCUGAAAAUGGGGCUGGAAAAUCUCCCCGAUGGAACAAAAGUGGAGAGGGUUCAGCCGACCCGAAGCAAUUGCCUCGCCGAUGAAAGCUGCGUCGUGUGGGAGCAAGGCAAGAUGACACAAGACAUGUCCCUUAGGCUUAAGGAUGUAGAAUGUGGCGAAGUCGCAAUACAAAUCGAAUGGGUUGAUGUUCCGGGCGCCAAAGGUCUCCAGGUCGAGAUACCUGAUAAACACCCCCACCACGACAAUCACAAAGCCAUGAGAUCUAAGAAGAUGACACAAGUCGUUUCCAUUGUGAGCACGGUCCGGAGGCGACUGAGGAACAAGACCAUAUCUGUUAGCACUAAAGUGUUGCACAAGCCUCCUCACCCGUAAACAAAAUAACGACAAAAUUAGCUUUAUGAAUCCAAGACAUCACUUUACAUUUUCACAAAAUGCGACAUGUGAAAAGAUCCGACGUUUCCAAAAGCUAAGCAAACCUUGUAGACAAA